AUGGGGUACGUGCUGAGAGUGAGAUUAGCGUCGUUCUUCACCGGCGCUGCAACGGCGUCGUUUGCAGGUCUCUACAUCCUCCAUAGGGAUUACAAACUUGCGCAUCAAUCCCUUGCUCAACAGACGAAUGGUCUCUACGAAUCACUUAACAGUCGAAUUUCUUCCUUGGAAAAACUCAAACAAACUGAAACUUCACAACAGGCGGAAGCUACAGAAUAA